AUGACGCCGUGGCGGAUACUUCUUCUUCUCUUCCAUGUGCUGGCGGUAUCAUGUCGAGCACAAGACAGCCUGAGGCGGCACGGCAGCAUACAGCAAGAUGACUCACGUGGCUUGGAAAUUGAAGAAUAUCCCAUCCAGCUGGAACCCUUCCACCUGGUGUACCAUCAUCACCCCCGUCGAGAUCAAAGCUUUGAAGCCAUGGAGGAAAUGGAUGUCUUGACCGCCACUCGAAACUAUCUUGUUCAAAUAUUGUCCCAAGAACAGCCGACGUUUCAGCGGUUACUGCUGUACCUGUUCAUCCGAGAAGAAGACGAAUUCAAAACCAAAGUGGCCUACUCGGGUACCAGCUACUAUUCUUACCCAACUUCCCCCGACAUGCGAAAACACGUCCAAGAGGAAACGUUGCUGGGGUUCUUGGGAGAGAACAAGACAGAGUACCUACUGGAACUGACGCGACACGGGGUAUUUGACAUUGAUAGUGUGACACUGCUCAAUGUGGGUGGUCAUGUGGUUGGACUGGAUACGUUCACGGGACAAUUGCUGGCCAUUACAUCACCGCCAUCAUCAUCAACAAUCCUCACUCCCACCGAGUCAUCAACAAGUAGCAAUCAUCAAGGCUCCCCGCCCCCCAAUACCGAGAUGAGCUCCACCGUGUCCAUGACGUUGUAUCUUUGCGCCAUUAUCAUCCCCCUGGUGGUCUUUGCCAUGAUUGUCAUUUGGUGGAUUGCACGAAAACUACGAUUUGAUGUGGUAUGGAAACGACCCACGGAACUCAACCCGGAAUCCGACAUUUGGCACUCGUCGCAGAAAAUGGAGAAAACCUUCUUUCGGGGUGGCAGUGCGGGUGGAAGUCAACGAAAGCAACAGCAGCAACCACAAAGGGCUACCACCAACCACCAUGGUGGCAUCCCCACCAGCAUUGUGACGACAACAGAUCAUCAGGAUACUGCCAGCGUAUCCACGACAACAUUAUCAACCAUGCGAGACAGCAAACCACGGAAAUUGGAGCCACCGGCAUGGUCCAGUGCUAGGCAGUUGCAACAAGCGACGCUAUUAGAGAAAGCAACGAAUCCAACCCGAAAGCAGGCAGAUCCUGAAAAGCUGCAGGAAGUGAAGCCUCUGAAGAGAAAGAGCUCCAAAACAGUCCAGUCAUCCCAUUCUCGUGUACCUGGUGGGCCAAGGAAGAAUGACGAUACCACAGCCAUUGUCAACAACAACCAUUGCGAGAGACAGAAACGAAACAGCAAGAUGUCCACGGAGGGCGAUGGUGCUGCGACUCCACCACCACCGCCAAAGAAAACACAACAAUCCAUACACUCAGGUACGACGAGCUCCAAGGAGAAGAAAAAGAAGACAAGCUCUGUACAAGUAGCGGGAGGAUCUGCCCCACCAAGACGCCAAUCCAGAAGAACAUCCGAUCCCCCAGGCGUAACGCUGUCCGAAAAGGCAAGAGCAAAAGCAACCACGACGAAGAAACAUCACCAGGAGGAACCCGGCAAGACGACCAUCAAGAAGUCUCCUCCAAAGCCAACCCAACCCACAACCAUCAAGUCUCCUCCAAACAUGACGAGACAACCUAGUACAAUAACCAAACCACCAAAUGCAAAGAGAUCGCCACCAACCGCCAAGCCAUCUGUAAACAAGAUGGCGGCGCCAUUACACCAAGGAAAGCAACAAUCCAAACGGCUCGUUCAAAAGGAGGCCCAACCCAGUACUACAACCAAGCAGAAGCGGAAAUCUGCACUAAAGGAAGCAAUAGUCCACCGCUCUAGAGAAAGGUAA